AAAUGAAAGGUAAUUGGGACAAGGCAUAUAAAACAUUUUCAAAGAAUCCGUUUACUGCCAAUCUAACCCAUUUUGGAAAAGGCCAAAAAUGCUUAAACGAAGCGCAUGACCAAAAAAGCCAAAACCUUGCAUCUUCAGCUUUGUUAUGCAAAAACGCUAUUAGUAACUUCGAAAUAGCCCAUAAAAAUCAUCCAAAUUCUAGUGAUAUCAAGGAAACCUUAACAAAGGCACGCAAAGAAUAUGAAGAGGUUUUAAAAGAACUUUAUUUAUCCGAAAGGGGUCAUUUGACGAAUAAAGAAUCUGACGACCCCCAAUACUUUAUUGAAAAUAAAUUUUUUAAGAAAAAUUAUAUUUCAGAGAAAAUUCUACCUCUGAAUGAAGAUGAUGAACCUAGCAAUACCCAACAAUUGGCUUGUGAGCUAUGUCGAAAUGAUAUAUCAGAUGGACAAAAGAAGAAUUUAUGCAGAUUGGCACAAGAAAUUAUUGAGAGAUUUGCUAAAAGAGAAUCUAUAACUUUAGAAUCGGUACAUGAAGUGAUGGUGUUAUCACAUUUACCAGAUGUCGAGGAAGAAAUUUAUAAAAAUUUAAUGGAGCGUUUUAUUUAUAAAAUUAAAAAAUCAAUUUUGUUACAUCAGCCAUUGUUGGAAGGUUUAUCUCAUAUUAUCAGUCAGGCAAAUCCAAAACACCUAAAUCCCAAUGAUUUGGUUAAUAUUUUAGAAAUAUUAAAUAAAAAAUUUAAAAAUCUUCAUACACAAAAUAAGGAUCAGCAGAUUGAAAUGACGAGAACAUUGGGGCGGUUAUUUGAUGUGAUGACUGAUUGUGAAGUACAGGAUCUUAAAUAUGAAGAAUUAUACAAACCAUUAUAUAAUACUUUUAAAAAACUACAAAAUAGUAGUAAUCAAGAGCUAGCCUAUCACGCAAAAUACGCCUGUCAAGCUUUAAAUUGUAUACCAAAUGAUGAAAGUCCGUGGAAGGCAUUUCAACGACGAGGAGGGAAAAUCAUUCUAGGGACAACAAAAUUGGCAGGUGCUGUCAAGAAUAUUGACCCAGGAAAAUUACCAGAUGCUUUCAAAGAUCUUAGUGAAGGGUUCGAAGGUAUUAUAAAUAUGGCAGUAGAAUUGGUAGACUUGGUUAAGGAGAUUCAAUCAGCCAAAGAGGGUGUUAACGAUAUAAAACUGAGCUUCAGUUGGGAAAUCCAACGCGAAUGGUAUCGGGCAUUAAGGUUUACUGAUUUAUUUAUCCAAAGUCAUAAAUUUGCAAGCUUGGAGCAAUUUAUUUACAAAAUUCCGUGUCGUCAAAAUGACAAAUUUUUAUGGGGCUUAUGUGUACGACUUGAACAAUUAGCGGCAAAUUACAAUUUAGAUAUUGACAUUCGUAAAGGCGCUAUAGAUUUUUUAAAUAACAUUUGUCAAAACAAAGAAUUUUGGAGUACUCAUCCUAAACUAAAUGAAUGGAUUUUGGAACAUAUAGAAUUAAAAACUUUAUCGAAAUCUGCACAAACAUCUGCUUUAUCAUUUCCAACUGCUUUACUUAGUGAUGUUUUAUUAGACAAAUAUGUGCGACCCACUCAGCAGAAUGACUUGAAAAAAAGUAGAAGAGAAUUAUCAACUCAAUUAAAUGGAUUAAAAGAUCAAUUUUUUUCAGACUUAGAUGAUGAAUGUGAAGAAGCCUUGGAAUUGUAUGUCAACCCACAGGGAACAUGGAAAGUAUCAAUUAUAAAGUCAUCCUAUUCUGGAAAAGAAAUGGUUUCCGAAAACAGAGAAGGUGAUGUAGAAGAAGUAGUUAAUAGAUUUUUAGAAUCAAAAGAUAAACUGACUUCAAACGGCAAAGAAGCUUUGGAGGUAGCUGCCAAUGAGUUAGUCAAUAGAUUUUUAGAAUUAAAGGAUGAAUUAACUUCAAAUGGAAAAGAAAUUUCAGAAAUAGAUACUAAUAAGCUUUUGAAUGAAACUGUAAUAAAGACUGUUAAUAGUUUUUUUGCUCUGGAGAAUCAAUUAACUUUAGAAGAUGAAAGAGUUAUAAACAAGGCUGCAAAUCAAUUUUUGGAUUUAAAAGUUAAUAAAGUUCCAGAGCUUGAGAAGACAAUAACCAACAAAUUCGUGUAUUCUUCAAAAUAUAAAGAAGACCGAAUAAAGGCGUUGAUUAACAUUUUGAAGAAGAAUCCAAAAAUCAUAAAGAAUGAAGAUGUAGAAUUUCUGAAAAUAGAAGCAAAUAAAUGUCUAAACUUAAAUGAUAAAAAUGGGUUUGAAAGUGCGGUGAAUAAAUUAGCUUCUAAAGCCAGGAAAAUUUUAGAAACAACUGUUGAUAAAAUAGUUGCCUUAAAAUGUAAAAAGGUACUAAUGAUAUUGGGUAUAGGUGGUACGGGUAAAUCAACUUUUAGCCGUUAUCUUGCUCGUCAUCUAUGGAAAGAAUAUGACCAGUUAUCACCUUCACCUUCUCCUAUUCCUUUAUUUAUACCAUUAGCACGACUAAAAAAUGGAAUGUUUAAUAAUGAUGAUGAUUUUAUUGAACUUUAUUUAAAAGAAAAGUGCAAAUUAACUCCAGAUAAAUUUAAUGUUUUACGGGAAAGAAAGUUUGUAUUUAUUUUAGAUGGCUAUGAUGAGAUUGUUGAACGUGAACGUCAUUUCUACAUUCAAAAUCAAUUUUGUAAAUGGAAAAAUGCAAAAGUCAUUAUUAGUUGUCGACCAGAGUAUUUGGGCUCAGGUUACCAAAAAAGGUUUUUUCCCAAAAAUGGAGAAAAAGGAUUUCAGGAAUUAACAAUUAAAACAUUUUCAGAAAAAGAAAUAAAACAAUAUAUUAUAAAAUAUGUUCAAAAAAAAGGUCACCUGCUAAAUUUGAGUGAAGAUACAUAUUUACAGCAAAUAAAAAAGAUACCAAAUGAAUUGAUUAGCAAUCCAAUUCUGUUAAAGAUUACUUUGGAAGUCUUACCACGCUUUAUAAAACAAGAGAGAACAACUCAGGUAAAUCGUAUACCUUUAUAUGAUGAAUUUUUAAAGAUGUGGUUUGACCAUGCGCAAGAUCGUCUGUAUAAAAUUCGUAAAACAGAGAAAGAAGAGGAAGCAUUUAAAAACUUAAAUAUUAAUAAUUUUUCAGAAACUUGUCUACAAUUUGGUAAAAAUUUUGCUGCAAAAAUGUUUGUAGAUAAUAACAUUGUUGUUAUAACCUAUAAUUCGAAUUGGGAAGCCUUUUUAGGCAAUAAAGAUGUUGAGAGUUCCUUGUUGUGCUUUAGUAUGCCAUUAAUCCGACGUGAAAAUCAAUAUUGGUUUCUUCAUAAAACUUUGCGAGACCACUUGAUAGCUUUGGCAUUUAUGGAAUCAUUAGAAUCUCCAAUACAUGCAACGCUCUUCAAAGAGCAAUCAUUUGUGCUGGAGCAUGGAGUUCGCCAAUUUUUAACUGAACAUAUCUCUCAAAAAGCAGAAACCUUUAAACCACAGUUACUAGCUUUUAUUGAUGCUUCUAAAAAAAAUGAUGAUGUUCAAGUUGCUUCUGCCAAUGCUAUCACAAUUUUAGCACAAGCAGGUGUAUUAAUAGAUGAUUUAAAUGAUACUAAUAUUUCGGGGGCAGAUUUGAGUAAUAAGAUACUUAAUAAUUUACAAGCGGAAAGAGCCAAGUUAGAUAAUGUAAAUUUCCAAAACGCAAGAGUUAAAGAUACAAAUCUCCGAAGUGCAAGCUUUCAAAAUGCAAAUCUCCAAAAUGCAAAUCUCCGAAGUGCUAACUUUCAUAAUGCAAGGCUUCAAAAUGCAGAUCUACAAAGCUCAACUCACCGAGAUGCUAACUUUCAAAAUGCAAAUCUGCAAAAUGCAAAUUUCCGAGGUUUAUACCUCCAAAACAUACAUUUUGAAGACGCAGAUCUUUCAUAUGCUGAUCUUCAGAAUACGAUUAUUCAAGACGUAAAUUUUAAGAAUGUAAGGUUUAAAUAUACGAAUUUUGAAGACGCAGAUCUUUCAUAUGCUGAUCUUCAGAAUACGAUUAUCCAAGACGUAAAUUUUAAGAAUGCGAAACUUAAAUAUACGAAUUUUCAAAAAGCAAAUCUCCAUGGUUCAUCACUCCAAAAUGCACAUUUAAAAGGUGCAGAUCUCUCAUUUGCAGAUCUCCGGGAUACGAUUCUUCAAUAUACGAAUUUUGAGAAUGCGAAGCUUAAAAAUAUCAACCUCCGAGGUUUGUCUCUCCAAAAUACAUAUUUUGAAGGUGCAGAUCUCUCAUUUGCGGAUCUUCGAAAUACAAUUCUUCAAGAUGUGAAUUUUAGGAGGGCAAAUCUCCGAAAUGUAAACCUCCGAAACGCAUGUAUUAAAGGCGCAGAUUUCAUAUUUACAGAUCUUCAGAAUACAAUUCUCGUAGAUAUUAGCUUCCAAGAAUUGAAAGAAAUUCGUAACGGACGAAGACCUAAAAUCAUACGCGAAAUUCCUAAGCUACUUCUAGAUUUAAUGAACGAGUGUUUAGUUGCCGAACCUCAGAAGCGACCUAGUACUAAAGAUUUAGUAGAUAAGUUGAAACAAUAUAGACAAGACUUAACUGAUGAAGAUAAAUUUUUGUAUAAGCAAAUUAAGGAAAUUGAUAACUUAUCAGCUAAUAAUCAGCAUAAAUCAGAGGAGCUCAAAUAUGAAACAGACAAAAAAGCUACUACUAAAUCUCAAAAACUUUCUAAGUUAUCGAAUACAGUGAAUACAGGUAACCUAAUAUUUAUUUCUAAAAAAACUGAACCUGAAUAUACAGUAAUUAAACGUUUUUUUAAAAAAAAUUAUUAG